CUUCAACUACACCUCGGUGCUCCGCCUUGUAUCUUGAGCAAUCUUCAAUCGUAUGUUUCCGUGAGUGAAUGUUUCUUAAUAAUUUGACGAGUUUUAAUAAUAAAUAAACGAUAAAUAGUUAAAAAUGAGGCCUAGAUGCGGUCCAUGGCCACCGAUGAACAUGGCAAACGGUAUGCGGCCACCUAUGCGAGGACGAGGUGGAGGACCUUGUGGUCCAAUGAGAGGAAUGGGUCCUAGGCCUCCUCCUUUCCCAGGUAUGGGACCACCUAUCAGGCAUUUUGGCCCACCAAUGGGUCCCAGAGGCCCACACAAUCGUGCGGGCCCAAUGAUGCCCCGCAUGCGACCUCCUUUACCCCAUAUGAUGCCUCCGAUGAUGCGCCCACAACGUCCCAUGCGACCGCCAAUCAAAAAACUAAACAAAAUGGUCCAAAACGAAGGAAAAAUGAAGAAAAAGAAGCUGAAAUUCCGCAGUUUCUACGUAACAAGACCCUGGGUCAACGACGAACUGCGUGCAGAAAUCGCCAAGAAAGAUUCACUCUUUGAUCAAGCAAAGAGUUCAAACAAAGCCGACGAUUGGGCUGCGUUCAAGGAGCAAAAAGAUAAAUGUGUUCACAUGUACUCUGCACUCAAACUAGAAUUCAUUGGACAACACCCUGAGGAAGUGUUUAGUCCUGACGAAGAUGAAUGCGCCGAUGACGAGGCCGAGUAUCUCUGCGAGCCUUGUGAUCGUACUUAUGAUGAUGAAGAGUCCUUCCGGAGUCAUUUAGGUGAGCAUCAAACGUGCGGCAUUGACGGAUGCAAAUUCAACGCGCAUGAAUUACUGGUAAUGGCGCAUAUCAAGAUGCAACACUCGAGCGGGCUCUAUGAUCAGAUUAGAAACAUCUCCACGCCGGAGGAUAUUGAGAAGUGGCGUGAACAGCGCCGGAAAAAUUAUCCGAGUAAGGUUAAUAUAGAAUUAAGGUAUAAACAACAAGCGGAGAUGUUGAAACGUGGUGAGAGAAUUGGUCCGAAUAAGGAUCGGUUUGGUAGGGCAAAAAAUUUAGCAGCUGAAAAGCGAGAAAAACGUGAGAAGCAGAAACAAGCGAAGAGAAAGAAAAAGAAGCUGGUUAAGAAGAAAAAUGAGGAAGCUGUAAGUUUGAUUGAUGAGAAACUUGAUUGGAAUGGUACCAUGUUUCCGUUCAGAGGGACAAAAUUGCUGCAAGAUGAAGAAUCUAGUGAGGAUGAGUUGAAAGAAGCGUUUAGUGAUGAUGAAUGGGAUCAAACUGAAGGUAAUAAUGUGGAGGAAGAAGUUGUACUUAACAAUGCGCUUGGUGCUUUGAUGGGAGCUUAUGAAUCUGAUAGCGAGGAGGAAAAAUAUCAAAUUAGUAAUAUUUCCAGUAAUAACAAUGAUAAAACCAUUGAAAAGACUGAAAUAAACGCGGAAUCUAAUGAUAAUGAUAUUACUGAGGUGAAGAUACUGAAACAACCUGUAGAUAUACCUGAUAAAGCUACAGAAAUGAAAAGUAUUGAACGAAAAAGACCUGUUUCACAACCUGCAACAUCAGAUGAUGUGCCAAUACCACCAAAACGGGUAAAAAAUAGUAAAAAGUUUUCUCCUGUACAAAAAGUAAGACUUCCUCGUAGACCUACACUGUUACAAAAGUUAUUAGACACAGAAAUUCGACAUGAGCGUAAUGUGAUCUUACAAUGUGUUCGAUAUGUGAUUAAUAACAAUUAUUUUGAUAAAGAAACCUGUAAUAUCGACAAUGCAGCGUCCACAAGUGAAGGUUAAGUCGGUAAAUAUAACAAACGCGUCAAAAAUAAUUUAAGCUGUGAUAUAAAACCGAAGUGUGAAUGGAUAUCGAAUAAAAGUUAUUUUCGUUUAGCAAGAAUAACAAAUUGCGUUUUCAAUCGCGUCGAAUCAAAGCAGAAACAAUAACAAAUUCGUUGUGUUUUUUAAAUUGCCGAUUUGAAAUGGAAAAAAGCAACUAUCAUGGACGUUUUGUUGGUAAGCGGCGCGUGAAACAUGAAGAUGAUUGCAUUCUGAAUAGUUUUUGAUGUUUUACAUCUGUCGGCGUAAUUAGGGCACUGAAAUUCAAGCCAUGUGCGCGAAAGAUUUUCGCUCUUGUCACGUUUGCGUUGGUGAGAUGAUGUGAGACGUUACAUCAGGUUCGGAUAUAAAAAGCAUCCAUUAACUUCGGUGAUGCGUUGCCGCGUCGAACGCAUUUGCCAUUCGAUUAUUUUUACCAGCAAUCAUUCGAAAGGUGGCUAUUUAAAGCGGCGCAAUUUGUGCGCAUCGAAACGCAUUUAUCAAUCGCUUGCCGGCCGCCAUCUUGUUUAUGGCCGCGGCCACUUGUGUGCGCUAUUUAUGGCGGACGAGCAAUAAACAAGCGAAAUCUGCGCCGGAAUGAUGAAAAGCGGCGAGACGGAUGAGUGAAACACCCCACCCGCAUAUAUGCGAGUUGCGCUGCGAGAAUUUUAUUCACGGCUGGCAUUCGGCACGCGCAAUUCCAGAAGGCGUGAUCGCUUCCCAGUGCUGUCUCCAAAUACAAAGGUUUACAGCCUGAAUCAAAAUGGCGACGCCGAGCGAAGCGCAGAAUCUCUUCAUGACUUUCCUCAUUCUCGCCCUGUUACUCUUUGCGCUGUGGAUUUUAUACGUGGGGAUUGUGUAAACUAAAUCAAUGGUUCAUCAAAUGAACGCGACGCUACAUUACACUUUAUUUUGUUAAAGUUUAGUUGAAUUAUUAGAAAAAAAUGUUUUGUAAAUAAAUUGUAAACCGGAAGUGAACGUCAGCAUCCAGAGAAACAAAAUAUUUGUUUACACUUUUGUGGUUAUAGUAAGGAAAUUAAUGGCUAACUUCAAACAAAGUUAUUUUGGUGCUAAAAUCAACAAAAUUUAUUUUUACAAUGUGAUUGUGGUAAGUCUUUCGUAGAAUUUAUCCUCUGCAACAGUGAAUCUAAUCACAAGUGACACUUCUUUAAAUUCUGCUUCACCAAAGUAAAAGUUUUUAAACUUUUGUAAAAUAUAAGAUGCGUCAAAUGA